AUGAAUUAUUUAGGCGGACCUACAUGUGCGGUCAUCGCUUACAAAUGUCCGAAUAUUAAAGUGACCAUUGUUGAUUUGAAUCCUGCUCGCAUUGCAGCUUGGAAUUCUGAUAAAUUACCAAUUUAUGAGCCAGGUCUUGAUGAAAUUGUAUUUGCACGUCGUAAUGAAAAUUUAUUCUUUACAACCGAUGUAGAAAAGGCCGUCAUAGAAGCAGAUUUGAUUUUUGUUUCAGUAAAUACUCCAACAAAAAAAACUGGUCUAGGCGCUGGUUAUGCUGCUGACCUUGCUUAUGUUGAGUCAGCUACAAGACAGAUUGCAGACGUGGCAAGGAGUUCAAAAAUUGUAGUUGAAAAAUCAACUGUACCAUGUCGUACAGCAGAAAGUAUGAGAACAAUUUUAGAAGCAAACUCCAGGGAUGGUAUUCACUUUGACAUACUAUCGAAUCCUGAAUUUCUUGCUGAGGGUACUGCAAUUAAUGAUUUAUUAAAUCCUGAUCGUGUUUUAAUCGGUGGUUUACAAACACCCGAAGGAACAAAGGCUCAAAAGGCUUUGGUAGAAGUAUAUGCUAAUUGGGCAGCAAAUGCUUUAUUAGCUCAACGUAUAUCAUCAAUUAAUGCAUUGUCUGCAAUUUGUGAAGCAACAGGUGCUGAUAUUGAUGAAGUUGCAUAUGCUUGUGGAAAAGAUGUACGCAUUGGUCCAAGAUUUUUAAAGGCAUCAGUUGGAUUUGGUGGAAGUUGUUUUCAGAAAGAUAUAUUAAAUCUGGUUUAUCUAUCUGAGCAACUAAAUCUUCCUGAAGUUGCUGCCUAUUGGAAAACUGUUGUCGAUCUAAAUGAAUAUCAGAAAAACCGAUUUAUUUCACAAAUCAUCAAAACAUUGUUCAACACCAUCACCUACAAAAAAAUUGCAUUGCUUGGUUUUGCAUUUAAAAAAGAUACUGGUGAUACCAGAGAGUCUGCUGCCAUCACUUUAUGUAAAGCUUUUAUUCAAGAAAAAGCCAAAGUUCAUAUUUAUGAUCCAAAAGUUAGCGAAGAACAAAUUCAUCUUGAUUUGACUGAACCUGUAAAGAAAUCUAUCACUAUUAGCAAAACAGCUUAUGAAGCAUCUGAAGAUGCUGAUGCCAUAGUUAUUACAACUGAAUGGGAUGAAUUUAAGACAUUGGAUUAUAAAAGAAUCUAUUCAAAAAUGCAUAAACCAGCUUUCAUUUUUGAUGGUCGUCUUAUUCUUGAUGCUGAGAAAUUAAAUUCUAUUGGUUUUAAAGUAUUCACCAUUGGUAAAGCUAAUAAAUAA